GGAGGAGGCACGGCCCAACACGCCGGUCUUUGGAUCAACGCUCAUCCACCCGCGGUGGCUAUCAUCCACUCUUGCAUUUCACUUCCCUCGUCACACCUCACCUCCCUUUUCUCCGCUUUCGCCUGGGACUUCGCCCUCAUUUUCCCCUAAUUCAGCCGCAAACCACUCACCUUUAGGGAUCACGGUCAGCAUUUGAUCAUCGUGUGCCUUUCCUAUCUCGAUAGCUCCCGAUUAUCACCCGUACCCCGCCGCCAUGUCGACCUCUGCCCGUCGUCGUCUCAUGCGCGACUUUAAGCGUAUGCAAACCGACCCCCCUGCUGGAGUUUCCGCAUCUCCGGUGGCCGAUAAUGUCAUGACUUGGAACGCCGUCAUUAUCGGUCCCGCUGAUACCCCCUUUGAAGAUGGCACUUUCCGCCUUGUCAUGCACUUUGAGGAGCAGUACCCAAACAAACCCCCAGGCGUCAAGUUUAUCAGCCAGAUGUUUCACCCCAACGUCUACGGGACGGGCGAGCUUUGUCUAGACAUUUUGCAGAACCGUUGGAGCCCAACCUAUGACGUGGCAGCCAUCCUUACCAGUAUCCAGAGUCUGCUGAAUGAUCCCAACACAUCAUCUCCGGCCAAUGUAGAAGCCUCCAACCUUUACAAAGACAACCGGAAGGAGUACAUCAAGCGGGUGCGUGAGACGGUCGAGAAGAGUUGGGAGGACUAGGAUAGCACGGACGUAGAAACGCUUGUUUUGGUUUGACACAUGGUUCUGAGGAAGCAGCCUUGCCCGUCUUCGGUGCGACGGAAGCUAACGGCAAGCUGCUGUGAUCGUUUCAUGCGUUUGUGGGGGGACGCCUAUCUUGGCUUGAUGGAGUCUCACACCAUUUGAUGACGUGCACAGCGUGGGGUUUUGGCGCCUGGUUCAUCCUUUUUCGUUCGGUAUAGUGGGUAGCUGCAUCAUUUCCAGUGAUUUUGCAUAUGCAUAAAACUUUGUCGGGUUUGGUGGUAUUUGCUGCAUGUCACAGACGUAUCUCCUAGUGCCGUCGUCCGUCCUGCCCGCCCGAUGUGAUUUGGGAGUCCUCUGCUUCGCGCAUGAUCAUUCC